ACAAAAGCUUGACACAUUUUCUCUUUGCUCCCCAUGCCGCUCUUUUUUUUUGCUCUCAAUCCAACUGGGUUUUUCCCUGCCCGGCAUGUGUAGCUCGUCCUCGUUUCAACUCUUCAUCCCUAUUUUGCGAACUAUUUGGAUCGAUAGAUGCGCUUUGAUUUAAAGAGCGGUGACUUUGCUGUGCGUCUCUCUUUCACCCCCCCCCCCCCGAGUGGGGCGUUUGUAUAAUCGUCGUUUGCUUGUCUGCCCAAUCGUAGCAUCGUGUCCUCGCUUGACCUCAGGAUAUGAGGUACGGAGUAUACUGCCCACCUGUACACAACCAGGAGGUCUCUAGCUAUAUAAAGAGUUAUCGGCAACUGUCAAACAGUCAGUCCUGUUGCGACGGACCACGCGUCACUUAUUCCGAUACAGCACACCUGUGAUUGUGUAUACAUUACAACCCAGCCAUGGGAAGCCUGGUUUUGUUCAUCUACCUGUUCGUUGUGUACCUGCUGCCGUGUACGCUUUGGGUCAGGCUGAUAGCGGCCGUGCCGGCGGUGGCUUUGCUGCUGCUCACCUGGCUGGGACCGCCCGAGAAGCGCCUUGGAUCUGCCGGUAAAGCCGUGGUGGUUACCGGCUGUGACACGGGGAUCGGUAACGCACUGGCCCGCUACCUGGACAAGCUGGGUUACCGCGUGUUUGCUGGGUGCCUGUACGCCGACGGGGAGGGGGCAACAGAGUUGCGUGGGCAGUGCUCGGAUCGUCUCCAUGUGCUUCAGAUGGACGUCACCGACGCACACCAGGUGUCUUCUGCGGCAGCUCAGGUGCACAAGAUCGUCCGGGACAACAGUGAAAGUCUGUGGGGUGUGGUCAACAACGCCGCCGUGAACGGUCUGGGGGAGUUGGAGUGGAUCAGCUUGGACCAGUUCAAGUGGGUGACGGAGGUGAAUCUGUGGGGAAGCAUCAGGGUCAUUCAGGCGUUCCUGCCCCUCAUCCGCCGGAGCAAAGGUCGCGUAGUCAACAUGAGCAGCAUCAGUGGCCGGAUGAGUUUCCCUUGCAACUCCCCGUACUGCCUGACCAAGUACGCGGUGGAGGCGAUGUCCGACUCCCUGCGACACGAGAUGUACAAGUGGGACGUCAAAGUGGUGCUGGUGGAACCGGCAAACUUUGCUGGGGCGACCAACUUCUUCAAGAAGGAGAACAUCGAGAAGAUCUUGCGUGGAGUCUGGAGCAAAAUGUCGGAUUCCUUGAAGGAGGAGUACGGUACCGAGUACUUCGACUACGUCUUGCAGUCCAUGUGCUCCUGGUCGGGUCAGGGUUCAUCCGACCUGCAGCCUGUCCUGACAGCGGUGGAGGACGCCCUCACCGUUCAGCAACCCAGGGAGAGGUAUGUGGCGGCGCCCUUCGCCGUGCAGUACAUCCUGCACAUGCUGUUCGCCCUGCCCACCUCCUGGGUGGACAUGGGCUUCACCUUCAUGUGCGGGAGGUCCAGCCUGCCCCAGGCUAAGAAGGAGCCCGAAUCGCAUCCCGAGGCCCCAUCGACGACGACCUCAUCGUCAGCUUCACCCCUGACACCGGAUGAAAAUGAUAACAUCAUCAACGUCAAUGGCAGCGCGGCUAACGGAAACCUCGGGCAGUAGAUGUCAGAAUGUGGCAGCCAUCUUGGACAGUUCAUCCUUGCUCUAUGAUCAGGGUAUGGUUUUGUUCGCCCCCAAAAAGGGGGGGGGGGUAGUGAAUGUAGAAGGACUAAAGAACCAGAUGGUCGCUUCGUCUCCGGCUUUGGCUUUGUUUCCAGUCCAAAAUUGAUGAGAAUCCUGCCAUGUUUUCAAACCUAAUAACGAAAGUUUCCCAUUGGCAUGGAGUUUUGUAACAGGAUUUGGUGUCGAAGCUGAACCGGAGGCGAAGCCAAGAUUCCGUAAACCCCAUAGUUGAUUCCACGAUGGCUGCCUUUUUUUAUAAACAGUUAUAACAGAAGUACUUUUUAGAUUAUUGUGGCUAUCUAUGAGGGGCCAAUGUUGUUACACUAGGGGUGAGGACGUUAUUGUGAUUUUGUUGAAACAGCAGGCUUUGUCCUUGCUAAAUUGGUUUUCGUUUUUGUACCAACUAUCAUGAUUUCAAUUACCUCGUUAAUGUAAAAAAUUAUAAAAUAUUGGAAAAGUGUCAUAAACUUUAUAUGUAUAUAUACAGUUUUAUUUUGAGUUUGCUUUUUUACUUUCAAGCUUGAGUGUAGUUUAUCUGUAACUAUAUAUGAAAAAAAACAUGUUUUAUCUUUAUGGUGUGUGGAUAUAAUGUAUACGAGUUCGUAGUCUAUGUAAAAAAGAAAGUGAAUACGGCAUAAGGAGGGCGAGUGUAUACAGAAAUUACAAAUCAGAGAAAGCUUCUUUUUAAAUUAUCGGAAGUAGUCAGGAAUGUAGACCAAUAAAAGCACAGAUUAGGAAAAUAGACCAUUUAGCUCGGUAAUCGAUAUCAAAAGCUUUUUUUUUAACUUUAAGUGGACGAUAUUUUCUACAUUAAAAAAAAUAGGCAGCAGUCGCAUCUUAGAAAAUAGUGAACAAUUUGACAAUUGUACAAAUUGCUAAAUUCGCAAAAGAAACUUCACUGUUAUCACACAGAAUUCCCGGAAUGGAUGUUUGAUGUACACAUUGGUAAUUGUCUUAAAGAAAAUCAUUAUCUAUAGGCAAACUAUUAUACUCCAUGUGAAAUUUCAUUCUGAACAAAACAAAUGGAAGUACAAACUUUGGAGAUAUUCCCUUAAUACGAUAUUGAAGAGUUGUUAUCGAUUACAAGAUAUUAUAAGUUGUGCCAAAGCAUGUAGAAAAUGUGCACCGACAUGUUUGUUUUAAGCAACAGAUGACACAGUAGUUUAAAAUUAGGUUUUAAUAUUACUUUUCUUCCUUAUCGAAUAAAAAGUCAGGUUUGUGACCUUUUUUUUAAUCUGUAAAUCACCAUAAGUACAUUAACAGUUUACGUUUAUUACAGGAAUAAAACAUAAUAUCUCUUAAUUUACAUGAUCUCUCACCCAAUACGGUUAAAGAUUUGUACUUGUUUAUAUUAAUUCUCCCCGCUAGGUUAAAAUGUUCAUGCAGAAAUUGCACUCCUGCAUUUUUACAUCAAUUUUUUUUGCUGACUAAAAAAAAAAAUCUUGUGGUUACUAAUUUAGGGCCUGUUACCCGGACGGAGCCUUGAUAUUAGUCAUUGCAUGCAUCCCCCUACUGAACUUUUCAAGCUGCCGAAACUAAAACCAACAUGGAAGCCGCUCGGAUGAACUUUCUUGAUUGAUUAUUUCCACAAUAACACUUCCAGUCUAAUUGAGCAUGGCAUAGCAGUGCCAAGCCAGGUCAUUUCAGGCUCAGUUCAGGCAGUUCCUUUGGCCCGACGGAUGACGACUGCUUUUAAUGACGCCAUGGGAAGGGUUAUAUUUAACCGAGUUUUGAUGGUUAACAGAAGAAAGAAAACACGAUUCCAAGGGGGUAGAAUCAUCGAUCAAGUUAUGCUUUAAAGGAAUUGACCGAACGUUUGGAGCGAUGGGCCUAAUUAUAUACACGUUGCUGGCAUCCAGGUAUCGUUUGGAUUCCGUAAUUGAGUCUAAGUGUGAUUGAAUUGUACCGGGCCAGAUUUGACUGCAACUUUAAUCACAACCUCGACCCAAAUGAGUAUGAAACCAUAAAGGCUAUGUUAUAUGGUAAAAAGUUAUACAGAAUGCCCACAAUUAACUAUACGAAAACCAAAUCACAAUGUGUGUAUACUGUCGAUUUCUUGCAUAAUGGAGACGUGUGCGUCUCCUGCCGUUGAGAGUUCGUGGCAACCAAGAGUCCGAGCUCUAAACCGGUCUUUGAACUUGCAUUUCUGAGAUGUUUGGAAUGGAAGAAGACCCAAAAGUCU